GAAGGCUUUCUAUUGCUUUCUGGGAGGUGUUCCAACCUAACCUGACAGUCAGGAAAAACAGGAAGUAAGAGAUUUCUGGACACUCGAAUCAAUGUUGUGACUUUACAUUACAGCCACAGUGAGCACAAGAAAAAAUGGUACAAAGCGCUGUCAAAUAUAAAGCACUGGCAAGCGAUGUGCGCGAUGUAAACGACAGCGACUGCGCAGAAGAAGAGGACGAUGAAGAAAUUACAAUACAUUUCCAGUCGCCCUUCAAUCAGCCAAAAGGGAGAGGAAGAAGAGACACUUAUAUUAGGGUCAUGGUGGCCCUGAUUCUUUUAGGAAUAGUUUGUGCAUUUAUGAUCAGUGAGUGGAAUGGUUAUUGGACUGAGGAAAAUGAGGACUUAUUACAUUACCAGAAGACCGACAUGACAAGCAAGAACCAUGACCACCACCAGCACCAUCAUGGGGAAGAUGAAGAUCAUGAAGAGGAAGAAGAUCACCACAAUCAUAAGCACAGUGAACCUUUGUACCACCAUGCUGCUAUCAUCACAGACUCGGCAAUCUGUUCCAGGAUUGGUAAAGAGCUUCUUCAGGUGAGAGGAAAUGUGGUAGAUGCAGGGAUUGCUGCUUUACUCUGCCUCGGAGUUGUUCACCCACACACUACAGGUUUAGGUGGAGUGUUUUCAGCUAUUUUGUACAACCACACCAUGCAAUCAUUUAAGGCAAUACGUGACACAUCCCCGAAAUUGCCUGCUUAUGCAGCCCCCUCGCUGUUGCAGGGCAUCCAAUUACUGCAUUCCAACUACGGACAUUUAGAAUGGGGGAAGCUUUUUGAAGGUGCCACAAAACUUGCCAAAGACGGUUUCCCUGUUGAUGGGAUUCUCUCCAGGGCUUUAGAAACCCACAAAGAUAAAAUACAUAAGUCUAAACUGUGUGAUGUGUUCUGCGAUACGGACGGCCACGUGAAAUCAGAGGGUGCACAUGUCGCCAAUGGGAAGCUAUCAGAACUUUUGCUGAGCGUCGGCCUAAAUGAAUCCCAUUUCUCGGAAGAGCUGGCUGUAAAAUUGGCCCAAGACAUUUCUGAAGCCGAGAGGCCGGCUUUUCUUGCUGCCGCUCAGGCUGGCGGUGGAGAAAUCAAUGAGGUCUUUUUUGUGGAAAAGGAGAAAUACACAAUUCUGUCAGCCAAUUCUCAGCUCAAUGGCGAAAUGGUAUCUAAUAUACUAGAUGCAGUCAGAGAGCAAAACCUCUCUUUUGAAAGCGUCGGAGAUCUUAUUGUUGCUGCUUCUUACAACACUCUCUUGAAUAUGGCAGAUGAAUUCUUGAACACAAGUCAGACGGAGAAUAGCCGGAGAGAGAUAUUGGCACUGAAUACCUCAAGCUGUCAAAUAGUGGCUUUUGAUAGUCAUAGCAAUUUUAUUGUCAUCUCCACCUCGCUCAACAGCACCUGGGGAUCUGGGCAAUACUUACCACAUACUGGAGUCAUCCUCAAUGAUUUUACCUCAGACAUCAGUCAGCUGCCUUAUUUAAGUUUUCCUUUAGUAGUGAAGAUUAAUGACGAAGAUGAUGACAGUAAUGGUGAUAAUGAAGCGGAGGAACAUGAGAUAUGCUUACUUGCUGUGACCGGAGGUCUUUCUGCCCUGUUUAACUCUGUGGUCAUGAUGAGAAACCUGCAUGACUUUGAAAUGUCUGCUCAUGAAACUGUGGAGAGUCCACUUUUCCAUAUAGAGCAGAGAGAUCCCAAGUUUUUGUCUGCCUGUAUGUCUGUUGUAACGAAUGGGACUGUUGUCUACGGUAUGCUUUCAGGAGAUGGGCAGCUGCAAAUGGUGGACGAAUGUUCAGGCCAUUUUUUGUCUAUGGUUGUGCAGCUGAGAGCAGAACAUAUAGGAGUGUAUGGAGCUCCUACUACUGAAGUCAGUGCUGAUGGGUAUUAAUAAAAAAGUCUUUUAACUCUUUCCCCACGUCAAUUAAGAAAAAGCUUUUCCCUGCCAAUGACGCUUUCCUGGCGAGUUUUUACGGUAAUCCGCUAUUAUCCACUAGAUGGCGCUCUUACCCAAGUUAUAAAAACUGAAGCAAAAACUAAUUUAUUAAUUUUAAACUCCGUGUAUGUUUUGAUUAUUGUUGUGAAUCUGAUCUCUAACAAAAUUCCUUUACAAAUUAAGUGCAAUAUUCAAUUUUUCAGCUUUUUGCUCAAAAUUUUGUAUUUUUUAAGAAACCUACACAUAAAAAAAGGAAGAUAGGAUGAAA